UCUGAGUUGCCCGGUUCUUGCACUCGCUGGGAAGCGGCUUCAAGCUGGUGGCCGCUGCGAAGCUAGGGCGCGCAGUGGGGACAAGAGGACAGAGCUCUGCGCAAAGCGAGCGGCCAACGCGGAGGUCGAAGAGGGGCUCCAGGCACCGAUCCUCACGUUUCCUGUUGCCCGUUGCCCCCUGCCCCAGAGGCGUUCCAGGGCGCUUCUUGUCCCCUCGGCAGCCACCCCGCCAGCGCCUGCGGCGCGGUGCUUCCAACUCUGCGCUAGAAGAAAAACUUCCCGCGCUCCAGCAGAACUGCAGCGCCUCCUCCUAAGUGACUCCUGGAGCUCUGUGGUCGGCUCUGCGCCCUUUCAAAGAAUAAUAGUAACUUAAUUUUAACAGUCAGGAGCGAAGCCAGCUAGGCUCUGCGUUCACGACCAGAACAAUAGCCAACUCGCUCGGUGCGCUGAGGUGCACGGUGCCUCCCGGGGCUCGGUUGCAGCGAGCUGUCCCCUUGGGGUUCCGAAGACGUACGGCAGGCGGCGACAUGGGGAACGCAGAGCUGGAGCGGCGGUCUCGAAGCUUCCAGUCUGCCCCCUCGCUGCUGCUGCUCGCGGUGGCAGUGGCGCUGCUGGUCACACCCGGUGCGCGCGGGCGCCCAGCGGAGGAAGACGAAGAGCUGGUGAUGCCAGCACUUGAGCGCGCCUCGGGGCAAACGACCACUCACCUCCGCUUGGACGCCUUCGGCCGGCACCUGCGCUUGGAGCUGCAGCCCGACCGCGACUUCCUGGCUCCCGGCUUCACGCUCCAGACGGUGGGGCGCAGACUCGGGCCCGACGCGCAGCGUCCGGACCCUGCGGGCGACUUGGUGCACUGCUUCUACUCCGGCACCGUGAACGGCGACCCCAACUCGGCCGCUGCUCUCAGCCUCUGCGAGGGUGUGCGCGGCGCCUUCUACCUGCAGGGCGAGGAGUACUUCGUCCAGCCCGCGCCCGCAGCCGCCACAGUGCGCCUCGCCCCCGCCGCCGCCGGGGAGGAGCCGCCGGCGCGGCCCCAGUUCCAUCUCCUGCGGCGGAGACGGCGGGGCGGCGGUGGCGCCAAGUGCGGGGUUAUGGACGAGGAGAUUCAGCCCGCUAGGGGCGCGGGGUCGGAGAACGAAGACGCCGGGGUGGAGUGGCUGCCGCGGGACUGGGCGCCGCAGCGCGCCGGACAGCCAACAGGAGCUGGAAGCAAAAGAAAGAAGCGAUUUGUGUCCAGCCCCCGUUAUGUGGAAACUAUGCUCGUGGCAGACCAGUCAAUGGCAGAGUUCCAUGGCAGUGGUCUUAAGCACUACCUGCUCACCCUGUUCUCGGUGGCGGCCAGGUUGUACAAACACCCCAGCAUUCGAAAUUCAGUUAGCCUGGUGGCAGUAAAGAUCUUGGUCAUCUAUGAGGAACAGAAGGGGCCAGAAGUGACUUCCAAUGCUGCGCUCAGUCUGCGGAACUUCUGCAGCUGGCAAAAGCAGCACAACCCGCCCAGUGACCGGGACGGGGGCCACUAUGACACCGCGAUUCUCUUCACCCGGCAGGACCUGUGUGGGGCUCAGACAUGUGAUACUCUUGGGAUGGCUGAUGUUGGAACUAUAUGUGAUCCCAGCAGAAGCUGCUCAGUCAUAGAAGAUGAUGGCUUACAAGCUGCCUUCACCACAGCACAUGAAUUAGGGCACGUGUUUAACAUGCCACAUGAUGACGCAAAGCAGUGUGCCAGCAUUAAUGGUGUCCACCGGGAUUCCCACAUGAUGGCGUCAAUGCUCUCCAAUUUGGACCGCAGCCAGCCGUGGUCCCCUUGCAGUGCCUACAUGAUCACGUCAUUUCUGGAUAAUGGUCAUGGAGAAUGUUUAAUGGACAAACCCCAGAGCCCCAUACAACUCCCCUCUGAUCUCCCUGGGACCUUGUAUGAUGCCAACCGACAAUGCCAGUUUACAUUUGGGGAUGAGUCCAAACACUGCCCAGAUGCAGCCAGCACAUGCAUGACCCUCUGGUGCACGGGCACCUCAGGCGGGUUGCUUGUGUGCCAAACCAAACACUUCCCAUGGGCAGAUGGCACCAGCUGUGGAGAAGGGAAAUGGUGUAUCAACGGCAAGUGUGUGAACAAGACUGACAAGAAGCAUUUUGAUACUCCUGUUCAUGGAAGCUGGGGGCCGUGGGGACCCUGGGGAGACUGUUCGAGAACCUGUGGUGGAGGAGUUCAGUAUACAAUGAGGGAGUGUGACAACCCAGUGCCCAAGAAUGGAGGGAAGUACUGUGAAGGCAAGCGUGUGCGCUACAGGUCAUGUAACAUCGAGGACUGUCCAGAUAAUGAUGGAAAAACCUUUAGAGAGGAGCAAUGUGAGGCACACAAUGAGUUCUCCAAAGCAUCCUUUGGGAGCGGGCCUGCAGUGGAGUGGACACCCAAGUAUGCGGGCGUCUCCCCAAAGGACAGGUGCAAGCUCAUCUGUCAAGCCAAAGGUAUUGGCUACUUCUUCGUUUUGCAGCCCAAGGUGGUAGAUGGUACACCAUGUAGCCCAGAUUCCACCUCUGUCUGUGUGCAAGGACAGUGUGUAAAAGCUGGUUGUGAUCGCAUCAUAGACUCCAAAAAGAAGUUUGAUAAGUGUGGUAUUUGUGGAGGAAAUGGAUCCACAUGCAAGAAAAUAUCAGGAUCCGUUACUAGUGCAAAACCUGGAUAUCAUGAUAUUGUCACAAUUCCAACUGGAGCCACAAAUAUUGAAGUGAAACAACGUAAUCAGAGAGGAUCCAAGAAUAACGGAAGCUAUCUUGCCAUCAAAGCUGCUGAUGGCACAUACAUCCUGAAUGGUGACUUCACUUUGUCCACUUUAGAGCAAGACAUUACAUACAAAGGUAGUGUCUUGAGGUACAGUGGCUCCUCUGCAGCCUUGGAAAGAAUUCGCAGCUUUAGCCCUCUCAAAGAGCCCUUAACCAUCCAGGUGCUCACUGUGGGCAAUGCCCUUCGACCUAAAAUUAAAUACACCUAUUUCGUGAAGAAGAAGAAGGAGUCUUUCAAUGCCAUCCCUACUUUCUCAGAAUGGGUCAUUGAGGAGUGGGGCGAGUGCUCCAAGUCCUGUGGACUGGGUUGGCAGAGAAGGUUGGUGGAGUGCCGGGACAUCAACGGGCAGCCUGCCUCAGAGUGUGCGAAGGAAGUGAAGCCAGCCAGCACCAGACCCUGCGCGGACCUGCCCUGCCCCCACUGGCAGGUGGGGGAUUGGUCAUCGUGCUCCAAGACUUGCGGGAAGGGUUACAAAAAGAGAACCUUGCAGUGUCUGUCCCACGAUGGCGGGGUGCUGUCUCCCGACAGCUGCGAUCUUUUGAAGAAACCUAAACAUUACAUAGACUUUUGCACCAUGGCAGAAUGCAGUUAAGCAGGUUGGUGUUGAGGGAAAGAGGAGGUGUGGAAGGGCUGAUGCACUGAAAUCAAGAAGGCUGGAGGAACCCAGUGUGCCUUGUCGGUGACCAACGCGGUGUAUCAGUGAGUUGGGAGUGUAGAGGUAGGCAGGAAGGAAGUUAGCGCCUCAGAAUAUCCUGCCAUUUGCAGAUUUGAUAGGAUUAUUAAUCUCUGAACAAUGAUAGAGCCCGGUUAAAGCCCCAGGCCAUUAUUAUUCCUGUUGUUACAUCUCUGACUUCAAAGUUUAAAAACACUAGAAACAAUUGUCAAAGUAAAUUUAAGGAAUACUACAAUCCUUGUUUUGUGGUACUGAUUAAAUACUUUGUAUCAUGCAUGUUGGAAAGUGAAAAGCAGGAGAAAGAUGAGAUUUUUAGUUUUAAGACUUGGCUUACUUUACCUCACUAACAAUGGAGGGAGGAGGGACUACAAACAGGAUCUUUGACUAGCCCUGUUUAUGGCUGCUAUGGUUUCAGAGAAUGUAUGUGCCAUCCUGUCUACUAAGAACUAAGAAUUCAAGAUUGUCCAGCAUGAGAGAAAUGCGUAGCAGUGUCCUAUCACUCCAUCUUUACUUUCUUUGCCAUAUUGUUUCUUUGUGAAUUCAUUCUGACAAACAAUUCCAUGUAUUUGUAAAAAGGUAUUAAGUAUACAAAGGGAAAAAAGCAGCGAUGUAUCAGAUACUGUAACAACUAGAGGAGGCACCUCGAGCCUACCUCCUCCCUUUCUUUUCCUUCAUAUGUAAGCCUGCUUUUGGAAUGUGGAUGUGGAAAAACAGUUUGUGUCUCCAGAAAGUAAAAUCACACACAAAAAAGGAUCUAAUGCCAGAACAAGAAUGGGGUGUGCAGAACAGGGUCCCCAGUGUUUGGGGACUCUGAGAUCACUUGUCUCUCAGUGGGGAGGCUACUGAGGGGUAGCAGGUCCAUCCCCAGCAGCUGGUCCAACAGUCAUAUCCUGGUGAAUGUCUGUUCAGCUCUUCUACUAUGAAAGAGAAUAUGACUUUUUCCAUAUGUAUAUAGUAAAAUAUGUUGCUAUAAAUUCUAUAUACUUUAUAA